CUUAAAACUUAAAUAAAUCCACAUUACACGUAUUUUACUUACAGCACAAUACGUAUUCAAAUGGUUUAUCUUAAUUUUUGCAUGAUAUCUAUCUAAGUUAACAAACUAAGCUAACAGGCGUGAAUAGUCAAUUUAAGAUAGGAGCGUUGUCAAUGACAAGGAGUCCGUGUAGUUAUGGCGUUGGUGAAAAAUAGUUUUCUCGGUGCGGGUCGAUUUUCGUGUACUUUGCUGCGCUUACAAUUCAGGAGUGAAGACGUUCAACAUGUUUGUGUCAACGGAGUUACAACUGCGGCACAAUCGCCCUUGAAUCCGACGGACAAAAAGAAGAAAGUACCUGAGGAUGGACUCAAAUUACAGGACUUCAUUUCCGGAGACCUGUCAGAGAAGAGCCGGUGGGAUCAAUAUAAGGGGGACCUUAAGCGACAGAAAGGGGAAAGACUCAGGCUGCCCCCUUGGCUGAAGACGGAGAUUCCCAUAGGGAAGAACUACAACAAGCUGAAAAACACUUUGCGGCACCUUAACCUGCACACGGUGUGUGAAGAAGCUAGAUGUCCCAACAUCGGGGAAUGCUGGGGAGGAGGAGAGUACUCCACCGCUACUGCCACCAUCAUGCUGAUGGGAGACACGUGCACCAGGGGCUGCCGGUUCUGCUCUGUGAAGACUGCUCGGAAGCCACCCCCCCUCGACCCCAACGAGCCCUACAACACCGCCGAGGCCAUCGCUGAGUGGGGGCUGGAUUACGUGGUGCUCACAUCUGUGGACAGGGACGACCUUGCAGAUGGAGGCGCAGAACACUUUGCCAAGACGGUCUCAAGUCUCAAACAGAGGAAUCCCAAGAUCCUGGUGGAGUGUCUAACGCCUGACUUCCGGGGGGACCUGGCUGGCGUUGAGAGGAUUGCGCUCUCCGGCCUGGAUGUGUACGCCCACAACGUGGAGACCGUGCGUGAACUGCAGAGGCAUGUUCGAGACCCCCGAGCCAAUUUUGACCAGUCCCUGAGCGUCUUGCGACAUGCCAAAGCGGUAAAUCCCUCGUUGCUGACCAAGACUUCCAUCAUGCUGGGUUUGGGGGAGACCGAUGAUCAGAUCCAAGCUGCCAUGUCUGAGCUGAGGGAGUCGGGGGUGGACUGUUUGACCUUGGGACAGUACAUGCAACCAACGAAACGGCACCUGAAGGUGGAGGAAUAUGUCACCCCAGAAAAGUUUGCAUACUGGGAGAAGAUGGGCUGUGAGAUGGGCUUCGUGUACACGGCCAGUGGGCCUUUGGUGCGCUCUUCAUACAAAGCAGGAAGUGACCCAAACCCAAUCCGUACCAUGAAGAGAGAACGGUUCCAGUCUGUUUGGGUUUUCCACGGCAAACGGGUCGGCCAAGUAAAGGCAUCGCUGAGUUUGGAGAGUGGCAGUGACGUAAAACCGACGAAACACUUAUUUACUGUUCACAUGCUGUACGUCCUGAUUUGCUACGUGCUAAUUUCCCAAUUUUCUAGCAUAUCUGUGAGAAUCUCCUUGUUAUGCAAGCAUCAGCAUUCCCUUGCAAGAAUUUGCAUUCCCUUGCAUAAAUUUGCAUUAUGAAUCCAUCCCAUUCAGCUGUUCCGAUGCCUCAAUACACCGCGAUUACAUUUAUAAUGAAUGAAAUAUAUAGACUAUUCCUUUUAUACUUUUUAUAAUCCAUGGAUAUUGACACAGAUUACUGAUAUCUCCCUGCAUUUCAACCAAUCAGAUGGUAACCAGAUCGGUUUGGUUAUGCUUUCGGGCCUGCCGGGUCAGCGUGGGUACGGCUCGGGUAAGACUCAGACAGUUCACAGUGAAAUAGCGUCAGUUUGUGGUUACGGAUCGGUUCUCCCUGGCAGUAGAAAAAGCGCCAUUAGUGAAUAAUUGUUUUGUUGAGAGUAUCAGUCUAUACUGCUAUUAUUUUAGUGGUGAUGGCUGAGGGAAGCUCGAAUUCAGCACGGGGAGCAGACGGCACCUUGAACAUAUCCCACUCGGUGCAGAUAACCAGGGCGUGGGCUCCUUUGCAUGUUUCGUAAGGGUCGCUGGUCACUGUCACCAGGUCAGACACUGCACAAAACCAGGCACUGUUAGCACGAUGCUUUAACCAAUUGAAAACGCUUCAGCCACUCUCCAUUUGGUGACAAGGGGUGCUGCUGUCCUGUAAACCACCCACCUCGUUCUGGGUUAUCCUCUGAGAUGCUGGGGUGCGAGAGGUCCUGAAUGAUCUGCUCCUUGAGCACCUUUGGGUCAAAGAUGUGCAGCUUGGCUCCCUCAUCCAUCAGGUACUUGGAGAUGUAGAUACUCGACGACUCCCUAGAGAGGAGGUCAGCAAAGUCCUCUUAUUACCAAAGAUUUUAGAUCAUCCCAGAAAAGCCCAGAGAUCGCAACGUGAAAAGAGUAAACGAGAGAAAUUUGGCAGGAAAGUAAAACCCGGCAACAGAAAAGUUAAAUUAACAUCAAACGCCACGUUCUAUUUGCUGAACUGGGGGAAAAGGGCACUGUGUGUACACUGGACUGUUCCAGAAUCCGUCGACAAGAGCAUGAAGAAGACGGGAAGAUGGAGCAUGACAAAGGAGGGCGUACCGCGUAUCGCCUGUGUCCUUCUUGAAGGAGAAGCCCAGGAGAGCAAUUUUCUUCCCGGUGACGGUGUUGAACAAGCAGUCGAUGAUUCGACAGGCGAAUCUGCGCCUCUGAUACUCGUUCAUAUCGAUCACCUGAGACCAGCACCAGAAGGCGUGAGACCGGACAGGAUUUACACCACCAGUCAAAAGUUUUUACGCACCAAGAUUUUCUACACUUGCAUGUUACUCACUUAACAUUUACUAAAAAUGCACGUAAUAUUCUUUGCUAACAAAUUUACAGUAUGUUCACCAAUUGAGUACCUUUAUUAGCAAGAAAAUGUCACAUCUUUGAUUCAUCAAAGUAACAUCCGCUAGCAGUUAAUAGGAUGUCAGGCAUGCACUGUUACAUACUCUUUCCGUGUUAUAAAAGAAACUUGUUUUA